AUGGAUAUCACGACAUUAACCAUCCCCCCGUCUCCCACCCGAAGAGGCAAGAUCCUCAAGAAAGAGCAUCUUGGCCUUCAACCCAUUGAGCUUGUCAACGGGUGCGGUGAAGAAGGAAUCGUCAUUGACAGUGAUGACAUCCACCUAACGAACCUGGUUCGAAUGCACUUCUUGUACCACUUUGGUCACAGAGAUCUUGAAGGUAUUGUUUCAGACUACUCAGAGCAUGCUAUCAUGGUGAAUGUUGUCAACGGAGAGCGCAAAUCUUACCAUGGACUGGACGAGAUUCGCGGUGCCUUCCAAAAUAUAUUCAAGCAACACCCCACUGUGAACAGUUCGUUUCAUUUGAAAGAUAUCAUCAUUCAUGACCGUAACUGUAUGAUUGAAUGGUCCGCAAAGACACCAACACAGUCAUUUCCAUCUAGCUCUGAAAAGAUCGUCUAUGAUACACACGGAAAGAUUGUGAAGCAAUUCCUAAACUGCGAAGCGGAGGAUCUCGAAGCUCCUUGGCACGCCGACGACUAG